AUGGCAACACUUCCGAACGGACUUAUCUCUUUUGGCCCAGAUGCCAACUGCACUCUUGAGCUGUGCCCCAUCGAAUGGAGUGUCUACACAUACAGACCAUCUUUAGUUGCCAAUAUUGCCCUUCCAAUAAUCUUCGGCAUCCUGGGCCUGAUACAUACAUACCUAGGAUUCAGAUGGAAAAGUUGGGGGUUCAUGGUGGGCAUGCAGCUUGGUUCGGUCUCGGCGAUCAUCGGCUAUGGUGGUCGAAUCAUGAUGUAUAACGACCCGUUUUCUUUCGCGGCGUUCAUCAUGCAGACGCUCUGCCUUACAAUCGCCCCCGUCUUCUACACGGCAUCGAUAUACGUCACUCUUUCCAAGACCGUCAUUUUCUUCGACCCCAGUCUUUCCAGAUUCAAGCCAAAACUAUUCUAUUGGAUCUUUCUCCCUCUUGAUAUCCUCUGCCUUAUACUUCAGUCGGCAGGUGGCGCGUUGUCAUCUAUCCUUGAUGACCCUGAUGUUGGUGUUGGUGUUUCACUAGCUGGACUUGUGCUGCAGGUUGUCGUCCUGUUCUUCUUCAGUGUCGCGUUUACCGAUUACAUGAUCCGGUAUUGGAUGACUGGGCGAGCAUCUACAUUUAACUGGCGUAUCAAAGCCUUCCUCUCGGGCCUGGCCAUCGCUGUCAUUUUGAUCUUGGCACGUUCUGCUUACCGAGUGGCGGAGCUCCGCGAUGGUUAUCAUGGGGAGAUGAUGAAGCACGAGAUCCCUUUUAUUGUUCUUGAAGGUGUUUUGAUUGUUCUUUCGGGCGCGGCGCUCUUGUUCAGCCACCCCGGAUUCGUCUUCAAUCGACCAAAGGGCAUCCCUAUUAGCUCAUCUUCGGAGAGCGAGAUAGAUAUGAUUGCCGCGCAUCAAGAUGGUCGCGCGGCCCAUGUUGCCAGUCGGGUGUGA